GAGCGUCAGCGGGACCGAGCCAACCACAGCCAGCGUCAUUUGCACACAAGAAGAACCAUACGACUGCGAUGCUCGGUAGUGGCUCUCUGUGAGAUUUCCAACCCCUGUCUAGUCUACGCAAGGCUCACUUUGCUUCCACACUGCUUUGCUUAGAUCUGCUUUAAUGUCCUUAAAUUGAGUGACCGGUGUGGACAUGCUGUGGAGGAAUAUGCUGGUGCGCAAAGGGAGUCUCCAUCCUUCUCCCCACAGAGUGGAAGCCUGUGCCCCAGAGGUGUUUCCAGCAUAAUGCAUCUUGGAAGUUAUGGUAUUCACACGAUUCUCUACUUUAACCCUCAGUAAAGCCUCAUAGAUGAUAUUUCUCUGCGCGACUUCAUGGAUUUGGUUCACUGAGGACCAUCUGAAGAACAGACAUGGCAGUGCCAAAUAUGGUGUUCUCUGACGUGGAAAGUUUUCUGGACUCGCAUCCCGAGUUAUUCGAGGACUACCUGAACAGAAAGGGGAAUUAUAGCAUGGUGGAGAAAUGGCUCAAGAAUCACCAGGCGAGCAAAAGUCCGGCGGCUGCAGCUCCGAGAGAGCCGAGAGAGGAGAAGAGCAACGCGUGCAAGGACAGCUGGGCAAGCAAAUGUGAUGGUCUGCAAAGGAGAGCCUCGCAGAAGGAGCUGCGCAAAACUUUCGCCAGAUCAAAGGCCAUCAAUGUCAACAGGACAUACGACGAACAUGUUAAUUCCAGGGCCCAGGAGCCCCUGACGAGCAUGAGGAGGAGAGCUCUGCUGAGGAAAGCGAGCUCUCUGCCCCCGACCACUGCGCACAUACUGAGCGCACUGCUGGAGUCCAGAGUCAACAUCCCCCAGUACCCGUCCACAGCCGUGGAUUUUAAAUAUUACCUCAAAGAACACAACGAAAGAGAGUUCUUCCUGGAGCUUGUAAAAGACAUAUCUAACGACUUGGAUCUAACGAGUCUGAGCUACAAAAUUCUUGUGUUUGUUUGUAUUAUGGUCGAUGCAGACCGGUGCUCCUUGUUUUUAGUAGAGGGAACGGGCAACAAGAAGACACUUGUGUCCAAAUUCUUUGACGUGCACGCAGGCACCACAGUUUUGCCCUCAAUGAAUUCAGAUGAAGUUCAAGUGCCGUGGGGGAAAGGAAUCAUUGGUUAUGUGGCUGAACACGGAGAGACAGUGAACAUUCCUGACGCUUAUCAGGAUCGUCGGUUCAGUGAUGAAAUUGACAAGCUGACAGGGUACAAAACCAAGUCACUCUUGUGCAUGCCCAUUCGCAACAGUGACGGAGAGAUCAUUGGAGUUGCUCAGGCCAUCAACAAGUCUUCAAGUGGAGAACUCUUCAAUGAAGAUGAUGAAAAAGUGCUGCAGAUGUACCUGCCUUUCUGUGGAAUUGCAAUCUCCAAUGCCCAACUCUUCGCCGCCUCAAGGAAGGAGUAUGACAGGAGCCGGGCACUCUUGGAGGUAGUGAAUGACCUGUUUGAAGAGCAGACUGACCUGGAGAAGAUUGUCAGGAAGAUCAUGCACCGUGCACAGACAUUGCUAAAGUGCGAGCGCUGCUCUGUUCAGUUGCUGGAGGACAUUGAGUCACCGGUGGUGAAGUUCACUAAGUCAUUUGAGCUGCUGUCCCCUAAGUGUAGUGCAGACACUGAAAGCAGUUUCAAAGACAGUAUGGAGAAAUCGUCUUACUCAGACUGGCUCAUCAACAACAGUAUUGCAGAGCUGGUAGCAUCCACAGGACUACCCGUGAACAUUAGUGAUGCCUAUCAGGAUCCUCGCUUUGAUGCUGAGGCAGACCAGUUCUCGGACUUCCACAUCCGCUCUGUGCUUUGUGUUCCCAUUUGGAACAGCAACCACCAAAUCAUUGGUGUCGCCCAGGUGCUGAACAGGCUUGAUGGACAACCAUUUGAUGAUGCAGACCAGCGUCUCUUUGAGGCGUUUGUGAUCUUUUGUGGACUGGGCAUCAACAACACCAUCAUGUACGACCAGGUGAAGAAGUCCUGGGCCAAGCAGUCUGUGGCUUUGGAUGUUCUUUCUUACCAUGCCACUUGCUCCAAGACUGAAGUUGACAAAUUCAAGGCUGCUAACAUUCCCCUGGUUUGCGAGCUGGGCAUCGACAAGCUCUCCUUUGACGAUUUCUCUCUGGACGUUGACGCCAUGAUAACGGCUGCUCUGAGAAUGUUUAUGGAGUUGGGAAUGGUACAGAAAUUUAAGAUAGACUAUGAGACUCUGUGCAGAUGGCUGCUGACUGUCAGAAAAAACUACAGAAUGGUUCUCUAUCACAACUGGAGACAUGCCUUCAACGUCUGCCAGUGCAUGUUUGCCAUGCUAACGACAGCGGGCUUCCAGGAGACUCUGACAGAGGUGGAGAUCUUCGCUCUUAUUGUAGGUUGUGUGUGCCAUGACUUGGACCACAGGGGCACCAACAACGCUUUUCAGGCCAAGACGGGCUCAGCCCUUGCUCUGCUUUAUGGGACCUCUGCUACGCUGGAGCACCACCACUUCAACCAUGCUGUUAUGAUCCUUCAGAGCGAGGGUCACAAUAUCUUCUCCAACCUGUCGUCCACAGAGUACAGUGACCUCAUGCAGCUGCUGAAACAGUCAAUUCUGGCCACAGACCUCACACUUUACUUUGAGAACAGAAACACUUUCUUUGAGCUGGUCAGCAAAGGAGAGUACAACUGGAAUGUGAAGGCUCAUAGAGACAUGUGCAGAUCAAUGAUGAUGACAGCGUGUGAUCUUGGUGCCGUCACUAAACCUUGGGAAAUAUCACGCAAGGUGGCAGAGUUGGUGACCAGCGAGUUCUUUGAGCAGGGCGACAGAGAGAGAUCGGAGCUGAAGCUCACGCCCUCCGCCAUCUUUGAUCGAAACAGGAAAGAUGAGUUGCCAGGGCUUCAGCUGGAGUGGAUUGAUGGAAUUUGUGCUCCGCUGUACGAGACUCUGGUCAAGUUGAAUCCCAAACUUCAGCCGAUGCUUGACAUGAUCAAAGCUAACAGGGCCAAAUGGGAGGAACUGAACAGGAAGAGACAACGUGGCCAGAGUGUUUCUCCACCCGCGAGCCCCUGCAGUGGCGACAGCACAGACACAAGCGGCUGCACUGUGGCCAAAACGGGCAGCACACCCUGCUGUAGCGGCAAUGCUGAUGGCACACCAUCUAAACCUGUUAGUUAGCUUCUGAUGCCACGUCCGAGCUGAUCUCUUAGGCUUAUUUCCUCUUAAAUGCAGCCUGCAACAGAGGCAGUGCAGUGCAUGCAGAGGGUCUUGGGCUCUGCUCCUCUUCGCUUUUGCUACUAGAGAUGAGCUUUAGACUUGAGUGCGGCGCAAUCAUAGAGGUUUUUCUGCCCUUCAGUCUUCCUGUGCUGAGGGCUGACAGAGCUGAGUUUGGCAAGCUUGUUGGAGCAGCUACAAAUCAGCUGAUGACACCAUGUCAGAAAGGAAACUCAAACCACUGUGUCAACACAUCAACCAGUGAGCUAACGCUAACUAUUCUGGGCAUUGCACAGAUUUUUGGCACAACAAGGCAUGGAGGAUAUUGGAGAAGAAUGUUUGUCUCUGCUGUGGUUCGUUUUGCUCUCGGUACCUCCUCGUUGCUCGCAUUUUGUCCGGGGUAACAGAGAUAUUUUUUGUAAAUCUGUACAUAGGCUAUUGGGUUAUUUAUAAGUGCUGUUUAAAAACUUGUCAACUCUGGAUUGUAAUGUGGCUGUAGAGUUUCUGAAGGAUAAAGGGGUGCAGGAACAGCAGGACCUGUGACAGCACUCGCAAUGCAAAUUGAGUGCUCCGCUCCCUCCCUUCCUGUGCCUUGUUUUAAGAUCCUAAUGAAAAAUGCAUGGCCUCGUCAUUCUUAGAUAGUAUGGAAAUCCAUGUUGAACCAUGACAUGUUUUUGCCAUAAUUUGUAAAACCAAUGACUGCAGUUAUGUCUUAACCCCAUGUUAGCCACAAAGCAUUAACAUUAUAUACAUAUAGAAAUCUAUUUUGCCCAAUUUUAUAAAUGCAGGGUCCUGCUUGUCACACACACACACAAACACACACAAUGUGCCUUGAUGAAGUUGUUCUGAUAACACAUUAAUUUCUGCAGAAAAACUCCUUUCAUCUGCUGACUUAUCACAGACAGCUGAACCAUAAAGCAAAGUAAUGUUACAUUUAAUAUAAACUCCUCACUAAACUACAGUUAAAAGAAUUGUUUAAAAUUUUAAGUAAUACACGUACUCACUUUCUGGCGGAAAGAAUGAGACGAUACCACUCUCAUAUCUGUCUCUUAAAUAUAAGGCUACAGCCAGCCAACGGUGAGCUUAACUUAGCUUAGCUUAGCUUAGCAUAGCACAAAGACUGACAACAGGGGAAAACAGCUAGCCAAAGGUAAUAAAAUCUGCCUACUAGCACCUCCAAUGCUCAUUAAUUAAAAUGUUAUAAUUUGUUUGUUUAAUCUGAACAAAAACCGAAGUGUACCAUUUUACAAAGAGUUGUGUCGGACUAUUUCUUGGCCAGGACGACCAGUAACUUUCUACAGUCUCCUCUGGUUGCCAGGCAACUGGUCUGAGACAAGAAAUAGUCCAACACAUAACCCCUGUAAAACAGCGAAUUGACGUUUUUCCUUUUUGGUUUUUGUAUGGAUUAAACAAAUGGCACAUGUUAAUUUGUGAACUUUAGAGGUGCUGGUAGGUGGAUUUUGUUACCUAUGGACAGACUCAGGAUAGCUUUUUCCCCAUUUCCAGUUUCUGUGGUAAGCUAACCGUCUUUGUGCUAAACUAACCCUCAGCUGGCUGUAGCUUUAUUUAAGGGGAAAAUAUGAGAGUGGUAUCCUCUCAUCUACCUUGCUGCCAGACAGCAAAUAAGCAUAUUUCCUAAAAUGCUGGACUUUUGCUUUAAAUAAAAUUUGCCUCACAAAUGCUACUUAAACAGCUUUUAUAAUCUCCAAAAGAAUACUGAGAUGCUGAAACUUGUAGUACUGAAGUGCCCAGGUAGUCACAAGCUAUUAUUUUGAUAUUAUUAUAAGUAUUGUAUUUUUUGGGUGUGUGUGUGUGGGGGUAUGCCUUAUGAACUGUGUUGUAGCUUUGUUAAUUGGAGUUUAAAAAGUGACUGUGCACAUUGUGUGGCAUGGAUCUGUGUGCUCUACUGUAUUUUAGAUGAAGAGCUGAAUUGAAGUUGACCAGAAAAAAUUUUAAUUGCAUGUUUUAUGCAGUAUUAAAUUCAACCACUUGCUAAGGAUGUAGCAAACAUGUGAGCCAACAAAUACCUCGUAUUUUGAACUUCAUCAGUAAGCACAUUAUCUCAUUGGAAAUGCAUGAUUUAAAUUCUAUUGCAUCAUGUAACGUGAAUUAUGAAUAUCGCUGUUCUAUUUUUCUAUUAGGUCUCCAAAUGUGGCCAACUUCUACUUGUCUUUUUUGCGAUGUAACAUGCUUCUUGUAUUUCUUCUUUCCUCUCCCAGUUUGGGCUCUGGAUUUAUUUACAGCGGGCUAAACUGAAAGAAAUGUAAGGCAUGAAAAGGCAAAUGUGCAAUGUUUCUGUUCAGAGUUUAAAUUAAAAUAUGCUGCUAUA